CAAAAACUCAAAAAAAAAAAUACACACAAAAAAAAAAAUCCUUGGGAAAUUUCCGGUUCCUUUCUUUUGCCUCUAACUUACCGACGUCACACUACCUCCUUUCUCUCCUCCCUACAUAUACCCCUUCAAUCUCCAUUCUGCCUUCUAAAAUCUUCCAUAAAAUGAAAAUCAGUUAAGCACCACAAAAUGAAAAAAUUCAACUCAACCGCACCAUAAAGAAAAUAAAAAAUCAAACGGUUAAGCUUUCUCAUUCUUUUGAAACAAGUAAUGCAAACAUUUUUCUCAACCAAAAAUAAAAAGCCAUGAAUUUAAGGAAGAAAUUAAGAGUUUCUCCAGAUUUCGAAGAGAAAUCAGAACCAUUCGAGAAACUACCAGUUUCUCCAGAUUUCGAAGAGAAAUCAGAACCAUUCGAGAAACUACUAGAUGAUCUCGUUAUUUGCAUUCUGUCCAAACUUUGUUCUUCCUCUUCUUCCCCUUCUCACUUCAUCAGCGCUCUCUUAGUAUGCAAAAGAUUCAAUCAACUGGGUAUGAAUAAAUUGGUGCUAUCAAAUGCUUGCUCAAAAGUGUUUGAUAUUCGAGCUAGAAACUGGUCUGAAUCUGCUCACCGAUUUCUCAAGCUCUGCGUUCAUGGCGGUUCCAUUGAGGCCUGCUAUUUUCUCGGAAUGGUAAGAUUUUACUGUAUGAGAGACAGAGGAGGCGGCGCGUCGUUGAUGGCGAAGGCGGCGAUUAAAUCUCACGCGCAAGCUUUGUACUCGUUAGCAGUGAUACAGUUUAACGGGAGCGGGGGAGCGAAAAGCGAUCGAGACAUACGCGCUGGUAUUGCGUUAAGUGCACGCGCCGCUAACUUCUGUCACGUGGGUGCUCUCCGUGAUCUUGCACACUGUCUGAAAAACGGUUACGGUAUUAAGCAAAAUAAAGAUAAAGGUCGUAGGUUACUUUUCCGUGCUAGCGUUCGUGAGCUAUCAAGUGUGUUACGCCGAGUGGGGUCGCAUGGGAAAAUCCAAAAAAGACAUACAACGGGUGGGUUUGGAUUAGGAUUCGGGUCGGAUUUUUUGUCUCUUUUGGAGCCAAAUCCGGACCCUGCGAGCCGGUUUUUAGUGGAGUGGUUCAAGUUGAAUGAAGGGGAAUUGGGUCCGGGUUUGAAGCUAUGCUCAUAUUCGGGGUGUGGGAGACCCGAGACUCGACCUUACGAGUUCCGAAGGUGUUCGGUUUGUGGGGUCGUGAAUUACUGCUCGAGGGGUUGCCAAACCCUGGAUUGGAAAGCCGGACAUAAGGUUGAAUGCUCCCCUGUGGGUGCGGAUCAGUGGGGUGAUAUGGACCCUAAUUUGGAUGGCCCUGACAUUGAUCACAAUGAAGUUGGUUAAGGACUUAUGGGAAACUUCCGGUAGUGAGUAGUGACAUGAAAGAUGGGUGAUUGGUAUGGUAGGGCUUAGGAAGUUCACAUUUUUGGACAUGUAUAUUCAAAUUUUGAAAUAGACGAGAGGUAAAGAGGUUUAAUAUUUUGUUACCCAAAAAAAGGAAAUCAAUAGAUUUAGCCAUUUAGGCCAUUUGGGUUUAACAGUUGUUCUAUUCUCGUACAUUCAUUGUCUCGUAUGGUUAAUUACGGAGCAUUUGACAAAAGUUUUUAUUUUUCACAAACAAACUAUUUGGCUCUAUUUUGACAAUUAGCGAUUAGUUGUUACUUCGUAGUUGGUUUGACUAGAUGUUAUUUUUUAUUACGUUUAUUAAACAAACAAAUGAUUUGGCCCUGUUUGACAAUUAGUAGUUAGUUAGUUUGACAAGGUGUUAGAUGUUAAUUGUAUCAUUUUUUUUGAAGGGAAGAGGCUAGUUGUUUGUAUUAGUUAGUUUAACUAUCAAGAAUUGAAAUUAAAAUCAGACUAUUACAAACAUUUA